GUACGCAUUCGACCAGCUACAGCUUCAAUCAGUAAAAUUCCCAUCGUACACCGAUGGGAUUUCCAUGACAAAACUUCACAAACCUGCUGGAGCUUUUUGUCACGACCCCUUCGUAAUACGUUUUGAUAUUUGCUGUCUUUUAGUCGAUCGUAAGCUUCUGCUCAGAAAUGCAAAUAAUUCGUGUUCACUCUUAACAUUCUCACGAUCGUGGCAGUGCAGUGAUUUUUUUUAUAAAAAGUGAAAAAGGCGUUAGAUUUAUAGAAUCAAAUCAAUCGAAAACAGCCAGUCGAACUUUUCCAUAAGCUUCACAACAAUACUUUAUACAGUAAACCAUUAAUAAUGAUGUUUGACGGCGCUCCUCCAUAAACGUGAUGCAGGUUUAUUUGAGUCGGAAUCUGCAGUGAUUAGUGAUUUGAAUCACGAAGCGAAUCUCAAACCUCUGCACAGGCGACCCUCGACAUACGACGAUUUACUGAUACGACGAUUUUGAUUGUCGAUUGACAUUUAAUACGGACGUCACACGAGGCGUAAACUCAAAAAGUUUACGCUUGAUUUGUAUGGGAGAGCGUAAACUUCUUGUCAAAAGAUUUCAGGGUUGUAUGGCUGAAAUCCAGUUUACGCCAAAGUUUACGCUUCGUGUGACGUCCGUAUAAAAGCCAUCAUUUGGAAAAAGAUUUGAAACACAAUGAACACAGAAGCAACGGAGAGCACAUUGUACACGGUGAAGGAGAAUGUAGCGGUAGAACCCGAAAGACGAGACAGUCUGGAUCAUCGAGAACAUUUUCCCAACUUUGGGCAUCACAUUGUACGUCAGUUCAACAAUUUAUGGACAAAAGAAACGGCAUUACGCAGGCUCCCAUUUUUAAAAUGGGCACCAAAUUAUAAUCUUACUAGUCUGGUAUCUGAUAUUAUUGCCGGCAUUACGGUUGGUCUUACAUCUAUACCCCAAAGUAUCGCCUACGCCACCGUGGCCAACCUGGAACCCCAGUAUGGAUUAUACUCGAACUUCAUGGGGUCGUUUAUUUAUGCUUUCCUAGGAUCUGUCAAAGAGAUCACGGUCGCCCCAACUGCCGUAAUGGCGUUGAUGGUUCAACAACCUGUGCUGGACCUUGGACCAGCUGGGGCCGUUUUGUUGUCAUUUUUAUCAGGAUGCAUCAUGCUCCUGCUGGGAUGUUUCAACUUUGGAUUUGUGGUGCAAUUCAUAUCAAUGCCAGUGAUCACGGGAUUUAUUACAGCUGCUGCAAUAACCAUCAUCAGCAGCCAGCUGAAGUCUUUGAUGGGAAUUUCCUCUUCAGGAAAGUCUUCUGGGUUCGUCGACACUUGGAUCAAUCUGUACGAAAACAUUGGCGAAACACGGCUUUGGGACUCGGUAUUAGGAUUUAGUUCGCUGACGCUACUGAUUCUUUUGACGCUCAUUAAGGGACGCGGCAAAGGGGCUUGGAAAAUAUUCACAAAAUAUAUCUGCUUACUGAGAAAUGCCAUGAUCGUGCUGAGCGGAGGAUUGCUCGCAUAUAUUUGUAGCACUCAAGAAAAGUAUCCUUUUAGACUAACCGGAAAAGUGGCGUCAGGCCUGCCCUCAAUACAACUUCCUCCGUUUGAAACAGAGCAUGAUGGCAAACAUUACGACUUUGGUGAUAUGUUACGCAUCCUUGGAUCGUCUGUGAUUUCGAUUCCUCUCAUAUCUAUUCUCGAAAUCGUAUCAAUAGGAAAAGCAUUUUCGCGUGGAAGGUUAGUAGAUGCAACACAAGAAAUGCUUUCACUUGGGUGCUGCAAUGUGGCAAGUUCCUUCAUAUCCUCCAUACCGACAACCGCUUCGUUCGCCAGAUCCGCGAUUAACAGUAGCAGCGGAGUAGUUACACCAUUUGGUGGUGUAUUUACGGGAGCAUUGGUUUUGCUUGCGCUCGGACUGCUGACAGAUUAUUUUUUCUACAUUCCAAAAACUACAUUGGCAGCAGUCAUCAUUGCAGCAAUGAUAUUCAUCAUUGAGUAUCGAGCUGUAGCAGAAAUGUGGCGUAUUAAGAGAAUGGAUAUGGUGCCCUUUUUAGUAACAGUUAUAGCAUGUCUGUUUUUGGGCCUGGAAAUUGGAAUUGUCGUUGGCAUCGCUGUCAAUUUAUGCUUCCCUCUCUAUCUAACAUCUCGUCCUAGAAUUACCCAUCGUAUUAUGAAUGUCAAAGAAGCAACCGUAUUGAUCAUUCGUCCUGAUAGCGACCUUGCGUUUUCAUCGGCAGAAUAUUUCCGCGAGAAGAUCCUUAAACUAGUCACAAAAACCUUACCCGAUAUUGUGUUGAUCGAUGGUGAAUGGGUCAAAUUUGUGGACAGUACAGUAGUCCGAAAUUUGUCUAGCACCGUUAGUGACCUCAAGCAACAAGAACGGCAUGUGCUACUUUGCUAAAUAAAUAA